AGAUACAAAAGAAUCUGCGUGUGAGAAAAAUCAAUAAUAAAAGUUUUUCGUUCGCUGUAAGUGAAGAAAAUUUUAGCUAAAUUCGUGAAAAUUGCUUACAUUCGGAACCGUCGGAUAUCAGUGAAUUGAUUCAACGAUGGGUGAUAACGAACAGAAAGCAAUGCAGCUGAUUGCCGAGGCCGAGAAGAAGUUAAACUCUUCAAAGGGUUUUUUCGGAUCACUGUUCGGUGGCGGUUCCAACAAGGUCGAAGAAGCAGUGGAAUGUUAUCAGCGGGCGGCUAACAUGUUCAAGAUGGCUAAGAAAUGGCCCCAAGCGGGAUCGGCGUUUUGUGAAGCGGCCAGCCUGCACGCUAAGGCUGGCAGUCGUCACGAUGCGGCCACCAACUAUGUUGAUGCAUCCAACUGCUACAAGAAGUGCGACCCGAACGAGGCCGUCAGCUGUUUGUUGAAGUCGAUCGACAUCUACACCGACAUGGGUCGUUUUACGAUGGCUGCCAAGCAUCAUCAAAGCAUCGCCGAAAUGUACGAAAAUGAAGCCAACGAUUUGCAACGCGCCGUGCAGCACUACGAGCAAGCGGCCGACUACUUCAAGGGUGAGGAAUCGACCAGUUCGGCUAAUAAGUGUAUGCUAAAGGUUGCCCAAUAUGCGGCCCAGUUGGAGGACUACGAGAAGGCUAUUCAAAUCUACGAGCAGGUGGCCGGUUCCUGUCUGGACAGCUCGCUCCUCAAGUACAGUGCAAAGGAGUACUUUUUCCGAGCUUCGUUGUGUCAUCUAAGCGUCGAUCUGCUAAACGCGCAGCAUGCCCUUGAGAAGUACGCACAACAGUAUCCGGCCUUUCAGGACUCACGAGAGUACAAGUUGGUUAAGACACUGUGCGAACAUCUGGAAGAACAGAACGUCGAUGGUUUCACCGAAGCGGUCAAGGAAUACGACAGCAUUUCCCGGUUGGAUCAGUGGUACACCACCAUUUUGUUGAGAAUUAAAAAACAGGCCAACGAUAACCCCGAUCUGCGAUAAACAGCAACCGGGAUCAUGCCGAUCAUUCAACUCCAUAUAUCUAUCUCUAAAGGAAAAUAUAAAAUUUGUUUGAUUCGAGAUAUUCGUUAAGACAUACAGCAGCAAAAUAGCAGAGCUAGCAAAUAAUAAUCGAUGGAUGUGUGCGUGCUAAUAGACCAGCAACAGAGCGUAGAAUCGCAAUCUUUUUUAUUGAAUUCUAGUUUCCAAUAUUAUACAUAUGCAUAUAUACUACCAAUUACUUAGAUUAAGCGAAAUAUUAUCCCGAAGGAGCAAAACAUGUACUUUAUGGCGUAUAGGUUUUCGUUUUGUUACGACGGAUCUAUCAUUCCGUUUUAGUUGUUAAAUCAAGCCACUCAAGAUUGUUACAACUGAGGUACGUCAUUCGUCUUAACCGUCUUUCAAAAAAAAACUAUUUCGUCGGAAAAGUUAAAGGCGAAUUUUACAGACUAUAGUUGAGUUAGUUCGGCUAAAUUGCAAACCGUUUGUUCCUUUAAAAAAAUGGAUUUCUCACGAAAAUCGAAUAACUUAUGGCUCUCAAAAUGACGUACAUUAUUUUCAUGAUUAAUAUGUUUGUUGCUUAAUUAUUAAAUCUAUCAAAAUAUAAGAAAGUAGGGCGAAUCGUAAAAUUCAUUCAACUUGUCAAACGCUUUGAUAAUACCAACAACAUCAAUUGAAACACAAUGACGAUGUACAUUUUCAGUUCAACGCAGUUAAUCGAUUGGAGAAAAUAUGGCCGUAAAUUCAUCUAAGUCAAAAAUGUGUUUAAAAUCAUGCUUCAACGAUAUCAAUAUCGUGUUAAAUCGUCAAUCUUUCGUGAAGUAAAUAUGAAAAUUCCACUCUAAAUACACGCAUAUACACAUACAGAACAUACACACACAUCAAUGUAUUGAAAUAAAACUAAAGUCCGUAACUAACUGCUAUUCGUUGAAGUGAGAAUAGAACUUAAACAACCGAAAGAAAAUCAACCCACACUGGAAGAAAAACUAAUUAGAAAUUUAGAAAAAAAAACCCUUAUCACUAGCUGAGCGGUACAAGUCUUAGUAAUUUACUAUAGAAGCGUGAAUUCAGCAGAAAAAAGCGUAACUCUGAGCAGUAUCGUUAUUGAAGCAACGCCAGAGCCGAUUAUACCGACUAUAUUAAACUACUGAAAGCUAGCAAACUAAUAAUAUCGAGGUUGUUAGUCAAAUUUUGAAUCAUGUUGACAACAUUAUAGCGAUACAAGUGAACCAGCGUCAAGAGACCGGAAGGAGAACGCAACGAAGGCGGCGGUAUUUGUCGAUAUGAGCAAACAAGCUAGCAACCCGCUACUCAUUGGAGGAAGGGCUGGAAUGAUAUUUCAUUGCAAACGAGAAAAAGCGCGUAGCUGAUGAGUAAGUUAAAAAAAACUAAAACAAUUACAUGUUUCCGAAUUGCAAUAAAGACAACAAAAAUACUUAAAGAUCUAAAA